UCGCCACCUUGCCAUUCCGUGCAGCGUGUCUUGGGGAAAAACCAACUUAUAUUUAUUUUGGAUCCAUCUAAACUUGGAAUUCCCCCGAAAUCGAUCGCAAACAGAGCAAUCUUAUCGCUGGCAGAUAUUGUACACUCGAGUAGUAUUCUGAAACUCGGUCACGAUGAAGAAAGUGCUAUUAACGAAAUCGCAGCACAUUCAGCCAGUUGGAUCAGGCACAUCCGAUCUUUUGCUGACCAAACAGGCAGCUGCUCCAGUUAUAUCCAGGGUUAUAUCCAUGCCCGCUCCACUGGGCACCACCACCUACAUCCAGCGCAAGUCCUUCCAGCCCGUCUACGAGGACAUUUUCAGAUUACUCAUGCGAAUUCCCGAUAAAGCUCUGGUUUCACGGGUAAUCGACGCCAUGAACGGUCGUAAUAGUAGCGAUAAGAUCGCUAUCUCAAAUCAGGGUAAACAAUGCUCUUGUGGAACCGGGGCCCAAAAAGUGGAUGCCUCUACGCAAACAGAUGCGCAAACCGAAGAAAGGACUGCCAAAUCCGAGGAAAAGUUUGCCAUUAAGAAUGAAUCAUCAGAAUCGAUGGGGAGUACCAAUAACCACCUGAAGAGUCCAAGUUCCACUGCCCUAGAAACACCCACAGAACCCGUAAAAGUUCCUAAAAAGCGCGGAAGAAAGCGAAAUACGUGCGUGCCACAGGUGGUCAAGAGAUCAGCGGCCGAAAUGGCGCUCCAGGAGCGGGAGGAGAAGCAAUUGACUCCCGUGGUCACCAAGAAGAAAAAGCAGGAGGUUUCAGAUUCCUCAAAUUCAGGGAAAAAUCGAAACUCUAAUGCAACCCCUCUGCGUCGCAACUCCGGCUUUUCCGAUAUAUCCAUAGACUUGGAUGCGCUCACUAGGGUGGAGGACUAUAUAGAUGGCAGCAGCAAGGACCGGAUUAUACGCAUUAUGGCCAAUACAUUCAAGAAUGCGCGUGUAAUGUCCGAAGAAGGAUUGCUGCCCAUCCACGAUGAAAUACUUCACGGUGAUGUGUACGGCGUUAAGCGACAGAUGUUCGUCUGCGAUCACGCCAACGUGGACAUCAACGAACUGGUCAGCAACGAUGGCGAAGAUUGCCUGGAACUUGCCCUCACCCACGACACGGAUCCGGAGAUCAUAUCGAUCAUUUUGAAGGCUGGCUGCCAGACCGAUCACCUCUACGAGAACUCAAAUACAGCGCUCCACCUGGCGGUGAUAAACAAUAUAAAUAUAGAGUCGAUUAGGCUACUGAUGCGCCGCAUCGAUCUUAAUAGUCUACUGCUGACCAACGACGAUGGUUACACAGUUUUGCACCUGGCCGUGCGUAAUAAUCAGUUUUUGAUUGCGGAAGCGAUACUGGACAUUAUAGACGAGCGGGAUUUGGGGGAUCCGGUGUACAGGAGAACCCAGGAGACUCCGAAUGAAAGGGACGAGAAGGCCUUUGCCAAGUACUACGAUCGCGCCUGCGAAAGACUCGAGAUGAGCAAACACAAGUUGAAGAAUCGGCGACGUAAGCUGAACAUUAUUAAUGCCUCCGAGGCAAGGGGCGGCAAUACGCCCCUUUUCUAUGCCGUCGAAGGGGAACAGGAACACCUAUGCUAUUUCCUGCUGGCUCACCUGGCCGAUCCGGAUGAGGAGAACUUGAGUAUGCACUCACCGAAAUCGUUUCACUACGAAUAUGCUCGGACAUUAAGGAUUAACCUGAAAGUGGCACGCGUCAUGGAGAAAGUAGUUGGCAUAUUGAAUACUUGA